AUGUCGUAUACUUUGAUUCAAAAGUUACCAGAUUCUGUGUGCAUUUUGUAUAAUUUACAGACGUUAUUGUUAUCAUGGUGUCUUGCUCUUGCUGAGUUGCCAACUGACUUGGGAAAACUAAUAAACCUUCGUCAUCUUGACAUAAGAGGUACAAAGUUAGAAAAGAUGCCACCAAAGAUGGGCGAACUGAAAGAUCUCCAAACGUUAAGUGACUUUGUCUUGGACAAAGAUCAUGGCGAUGACAUCGCUGAGCUAAAGGAAUUUCACCAUUUGCAUGGAACACUUCGUAUUGCUGGCCUACAGAAUAUUGUUCAUGCCGAGGAUGCAUUAAAGUCCAAUAUGAGGGAGAAGGAGCAUUUGAAUGAACUAAUUUUGCAAUGGGGAUGCAAUAGUAACGAUUCAGAAAAAGAUAGGCAGGUGCUCAACAACCUCCAGCCCCAUGCAAACCUAAAAGAACUCACAAUUUGUUCUUAUGGGAGCACCAGCUUUUCGAGGUGGCUAGUACAUUGUUCCUCUAAUCUUGUUUGUCUUCGACUCAAGCGAUGUGAAAAUAUUUUACUCCUGCCACCAUUGGGACAGCUACCCUUACUCAAAGAGCUAGAAAUUGAUGGGUUAAAUGGAGUGGUGUCGAUUGACAAUGAGUUUUAUGCUGAUGAUACUUGUGCAAUUAGGCCAUCAUUUCAAUGUCUUCAAAUGUUGAAAAUAAAAAAUAUGUUGGAAUGGGAAAAGUGGUCUUAUGAAGGUGGAGGUUUUCCUAAUCUUCGUGAGCUUCGUCUGCUGAAGUGUCCCAAGCUAACCGGUAUAUUAACGUUAGACUACUUCCCAAGGCUUAAUAUGCUCAAGUUAUGUGGAGCCGGUCUAGAAUCCGUCACUAAUAUUUCACAGGAGCUCAUCUUGACAGACUUAACAGAGAUAUAUAUCAAUGAAUGUAAGAAAUUGAGGUCAUUGCCAGAACAGAUGCAGGCCCUUCUCCCAUCUCUCCAGUCUAUGUCCAUAGAAAACUGCCCAGAAAUGCACUCAUUUUUUGAAGGUGGAUUACCUUCAAAGUUAAAAUCUGUUUCCAUCCGUUCUUGCAAAAAGCUCAUUGCAAACCGUGUGCAGUGGAGUCUACCAAGACUCACCUCUCUCAGACACUUGACAGUCAGCUUCGAAGAAUGCGAAGCAGUAGAUUCAUUUCCGGAAGAAGGGCUGCUGCCUUCCAGUCUUACUUCUCUAUGGAUCUCCAGUCUUUUGAAUCUUAGGACCAUAGGAGGCGAGUUGACACACCUGACCUCUCUUCAAGAGUUGACAAUUCAGAUGUGCCCUGAGCUGCAGUGGUUGCCAGAUGAAGGGCUACAGACUUCUCUCUCUCAUCUACAAAUCUCGGAAUGUCCUUUGUUAAAGCAACGGUGCCAACGAGAGACAGGGGAAGACUGGCCCAAGAUUGCUCACAUCAACAACAUAGAGAUCGACGGGAAACAAAUAUGA